AUGGACCAAUCGUUUGUCAUACAAAUAUCUGACAUUGUGGUCGGCGAAGAGCCGAACGUAUCGGCGCGUGACGCUUUAUUGAAAUGGGCUCGAAAAUCAACAUCGAAAUACCCAGGUGUUCGAGUGACGGACUUCACGUCUUCUUGGCGGGAUGGUCUGGCAUUCAACGCGAUUAUACAUAGAAAUAGGCCGGAUUUAGUCGAUUGGCGCAAUGUUAAAAACGUUGACACCCACGAAAUUGAUGAAAAAUCAAUUAUUAAUUAUAUAUCAUCGUUACACGAAGUGUUCCCAGAGCCCCCACGUUUACACCAUCUUUAUGAUUCUGAAUCUCAACAACGUUCUGGAGAUAGACUCCAUCCAUUAGAUUCUUUAUUACAUUCAAAAGUUCUUACUUUUUUGGCUACUCUAUCGUUUCCAAUUGUUGAAGAGCGUACAGUUACCAAACAAACUCGAACCAUUCUGGAAACCCGACUUGUCUAUAUCAAUACUCAUUUCCGUUCAUUACAAGAAUGCAUUGAUUGGUGCAAUAACAAAUUGAAACAAUUACAAGAAGCUGAAUAUGGUUCAGACUUACCUAGUGUUCAAGGGCUUUUGGAUCAACACCAACGCGGACACAAAAUAAUUGACCAAUUUCAUACUAAAGUUGAGCAUUGCAUAAAUGCUAAGAGUAAUUUCCACGGAGACGAAUUAUCAUUGUAUUUUCAGCACUUGAAUACAUUGCAGAAGGUUUAUGCUGAAUUAGUUACUUUCUCUAAUAAACGAUUAUCUGAUCUUGAAACAUUACAAGACUUUUUGCAAUCGGCUACAAAUCAACUUGUUUGGCUCAACGAAAAAGAAGAAAUUGAAUUAAAUCGUGAUUGGAGCGAUAAAGAUUUAAACAUUCCAUCAAUUCGACAAUGCUAUGAGCUUGCAUUUGGAUCUGGGAUUGAGUCUUUAAUGUCAGAACUUGAGAAAAGAGAGAUUCAAGACUGCGGAGAAGCGUUAAUUCUUCAGGGUCAUUUAGCAUCAAAGUGUACUGAAGCUUAUAUAUCUGCAUUAAAAACACAUUGGACUUGGUUACUUCAGUUAACUCUUUGUUUGGAAACUCAUCUGAAGCAUGCCACUUACUACCAUCAGUUCUAUGCUGAUGUCAAAGAAGCUGAACACUGGUUAAACAAACGAGAUGAGUUACUAAAUUCUGUUUUUAGUCAAUCAGAAUUUAGUUUGGAUGAAGGAGAACGUUUGUUGAAAGGUAUGCAAGACCUCCGAGAAGAAUUAAAUAAUUUCAGUGAAGUGAUCGGUACACUUGAAGACCGAUCUAGGCAAGUAGUUCCACUAAAACAACGUAGACUCCCAAUUACUAGACCUAUACCAGUGAACGCAAUUUGUAGCUUCAAACAAAAUGGGGUAUGUUAA